CGCCUUUUCCUUAUAUUUUUAACAAUAUUUCAGUUUAAAUAUGUUUUCUGAAACAUUUAAAACCUACGAAUAAUAUACUCCAUUAAACCGUUAAAUCGCUGCCAAACUUAAUUUCCGACUAUGGAGUUGAUUUUGUGCAAUAAUAUUCAUCCGGCCGGAAAGCAGGCUAUAUUAUGUUUUCUAGUUUGUGCCUGUACUUUCACGAUAUCCUUUUUCUCUGGGAGCAUCCUGGGCUUCUCAGCGGAGCUGUGGGCUCUGACGUACUGGGGCCCGGGGCUCUACUUCUGCUUGUUUAACUUCAUUCUAAGAUACUGUUACAAGGGCUUCAUAUAUGAGGUGUCAGUCAGAUCAGCCUUCCUCGGUGCAGCCUUUGCCACCGGUCUCCACCUGAGCACCUUCGACUCCGGCUGGCGGGUGUUCGGCCUCUACACCAUGGCGCUGACGUUCUUCCACUUCUCGGAGUUCAUGGCGGUGGCGCUGAGCAACCCCAGCACUCUGUCCAUCGACUCGUUCAUAUUGAACCAUAGUCUGCAGUACGGGCUGGCUGCUGUGGCUAGUUGGACCGAGUGGGCUGUGGAGUAUUACUUCUUUCCUGAAAUGAAGACAUGCUACCUGCUGUCGGCUCUAGGGUUCCUGAUGUGCAUCGGUGGAGAAGUGCUCAGGAAGUCCGCCAUGUUCACUGCCAAGAGCAACUUUAACCACACUGUACAAUUUGUAAAGAAGCCCGACCACGAGCUGGUGACGCACGGCGUGUACUCGCUGUGUCGACACCCCAGCUACGUUGGUUGGUUCUACUGGUCCAUCGGCACGCAGAUCACCCUGCUAAACCCGAUCUGCAUCGUCCUCUACACUCUAGCCUCGUGGCUGUUCUUCCGCGAGCGAGUCGAGGCGGAAGAACUAACGCUACUCGCGUUCUUCGGGCCUCAAUACGAGCUGUACUGCCGGGACGUGGGGACUGGACUGCCGUUCAUAGAAGGUUAUCAGCCUGAUGAGGAAGAGGUACUCAAAGAGGAGGUGCUUAAAGAUAAAACUUAUUGAAAAGUGACAUGUUUUAAAUGUCGAAAAGAACGGUUCUCACAUAACUAUAUAUAAGUUAAACUACGUGCUAAGGCCGCCUUCACCUGUAAGGCCACGUUUACACCUGUAAAACCGCAUUUACACCUGUAAGGCCGCCUCCACACCUGUAAGGCCGCUUUUACACCUGUAAGGGCCACUUUUUUUAAUACUACGUCGAUGGCAAACAAGCAUACGGCCCGCCUGAUGUAAAGCGGUCACCGUAACCUAUGGAUGGACGCCUGCAACUCAAACAGUGUCACAUGCGCGUUGCCACC